GAAUCAAUAACUUGUCUUCAAAAUAAUUAAACCAUAAUUAAUAAUAAUAACAACAACAACAUUUCACAUUUUUGAAACAAACAACAUUUCACAUUAAUUCUGUCUUCCUUUUAUUUUCUCUUGCAGUCAGAUGAGAAGAGAGAGAAAGAUCCUGAUCUCGUCCGCAAACAAGGUCAUGAUCUUCCUCCAUCUUUCCACAUUAAUCUGAGGAGUUACCAUCUCGAUAAACAAAUACACAUUUUCUUAGGUAUUGCAUUCACAUUGUUACAUAUAAGGAAGAGGAAAUUAAAAUAAAAAAUAAAAUGGCUAGUAGAUCAUUUUCUCAUUUUGUUGAGGAAGAAAUGGGAAAAUUCCCACACUUUGUGAUAUAUAUGCUUCUUGAAUGGGUGCUAAUAUUCAUACUCUUCCUUGAUGGUUUUCUAGCAUUUGUUGCUAAUGAGUUUGCAAGAUUCUUUGAAUUGAAAAUACCUUGUUGGCUAUGCACAAGGUUUGAUCACGUAAUGGUUCAUAGAAAUCCUGAUUUUUAUUACAACGAAUCGGUAUGCGAGGCUCAUAAGAAAGACAUGUCGUCUCUCGCAUUUUGCCAUAAUCACAAGAAACUCUCUGACAUAAGGAAAAUGUGUGAAGGAUGUUUACUUUCAUUUGCAACAGAGAAGGAAUCAGAUUGUGAUACCUAUAAAUCACUUGUGGGAAUUUUGCAUAAGGAUUUGGAAUGUUUUGUCGAGGAUGGACAACCUAUUCAGUUAAGUUUGAAAGAUGAUGAUGGUUUCAUGAUGCAGUUUGACAUGAAUAGUAGCCAGAAAUGUUCUUGCUGUGGACAACCAUUGAAAGUCAAGUCGGCGUCUUCUUAUUCUUCUUCUACUUCUUCCUAUUUGCCAAAAACGAAACGCUCAGACUCAUUUGCGCGAGCCCCGACUCCAUCCCCAAAAGCUUUCCCAUUUUCAACAUCUAAAAAUGAUGAACCGAAUGCUCUAGAUUUGCCUCACAUUGGGUAUACUCCACUCAAGUUUAUGACACGAAAUGACUCUGAGGUUAAAGAGGAGAAUGAUGGCCGCCAUAACGUCAAAUUGAAGGAAGACACGAAAUCCGCCGUGCCUCUAUUGGCGGAAGGGGAGGAUAUACACGACGAUGCAAGCAAAUACACACCAACAUUUACAAGAGGCAAUAAGUUCUUUGGAAUCCCAUUGUCAGAUUCAACAAACAACAGUCCAAGAUGGUCUUACAGGUUUAACAAGAAAUCGCCAUUAGAAAAGACAGAAUUGGCCAAUGAGUCGAACGAGGUAAUUAAUGCUAUUCAAAAUGAUUUUGAUGAUGCUAUGGUAAACAAUUUAAAGAGACAAGUUCGUUUGGACCGAAAAUCAUUGAUGGCAUUAUACAUGGAGUUGGACGAAGAAAGAAGCGCUUCAGCUGUUGCUGCAAACAAUGCAAUGGCAAUGAUCACAAGGUUACAAGCUGAGAAAGCAGCAGUGCAGAUGGAAGCUUUGCAGUAUCAGAGAAUGAUGGAAGAACAAGCGGAAUAUGAUGAGGAAGCAUUGCAAGCAACUAAUGAAAUACUUGUAAAAAGAGAGGAAGAAAUAAGAAAUUUAGAAGAUGAAUUGGAGUUUUAUAGAAACAAAUAUGGAAUAUUAACAGAUGAAGGUGGUGGUUGUAAUAAUACUCCUUCAUACAGGCACAAUGAAGGAAGAGGAGAGGAUCAGUUUAAAGAUAUCAGAGCAGAUAAAACAUAUUUGCUUGGUCGCAUGAAGAAGAUAGGAAGUAGAUCAACCUUUUCAGAAAAUGGAGGAGCUCACUCCUUACACUCUGACUCUGAAAGUAGUGUUAAUAAUAUAGACAGUGAGACAGAAAAAGAAGGAAAUGAAGCAUAGGUAGAUGAAUAAAAUUUAAGGUUGCUCCAGACAGGAACAAAAACAUAGUAUAGCAGGUUGAAUCUCAAAGCAUGUCCAGGCUUUCUUACCAGUUCCUCUUUUGCAAAUUAGUUUAUACUUUUUCCUUGCAUGGAAAAGAUUCAAGUUAUUAUUAUAUCUCAAUUAUUAAAAGAGACUAUUCCUUACUGUAAACUAUAGUUAUUCACUAUUUUAUUAUGUUAAUUAGUUGAAUAUAGUUUGUUAGUCUUUUUCCUUAUAUUAUAGGAUAGUUAUAGUUUGGGUUCCAUUACAUUAGUAUAUACACAUUGGGGUCAUCUUUCCCAAUUCAUAUUGUACUGUACUUUCUUUCGAUAUGAAUGAAUAAUAUAUUAUUCAUUUUAAUCUU